GCCGGCCCCCUUCUUUUGCCUUUUUGUUCCCCCACCAAGACCAACACUUCUUCCAUCCCCUGUAUUAUCAGCAGUCCCAGCAUUCAGACCGAUAGCUCGCAAUCACAAUGUCAGAUACGCCACACCGCACGCUGCCUGUGGGCCAGGCAACGUCGGAGCUAGGGCCAUCGCAGCUGCCGCCGCCCAACCCGAUGUCCCAGACAUCUUCAAGAGAGUCAUCAAAGCCGCCGUCCAGGGACUCAUCUCUGUCAAGAGACCCAGUGUCGAUGUCAAACGCCGUCACAAUUAGCCGUGCCUUCGACUUGACCUUGCCCACGAUUCCUAUCAAAAAGAACUCCGACGACCCUGUAGCUUCUUCUAAGAAAUCGAGUUUCGGUACUCAACUGCCAUGGUUUUGGCUACAUCGACCAGCUGCAAUCUACGUUAACAUGGCAGAAAAAAUCUUAGAGAAUUCGAUUGUUAAAAGGCAAAUAAUAGCAAAUUGCCUGGCUCCUUUGGAUCCGAUGAUUGUCCUUCGACACGAGGCUGACGUGGUGAAUGCCGGCGACCAGCAGUUGCUUAACCCAGUGAAUUUUACUUUCAAGGCUCUGCAUGCCGCAGUUCCGGAACUCUUCAUGCAGUCUGAAUUUACAGCCACUUCAAAUGAUGAGCCUGGCGAUGACAACGACACUGACGCACAGACGACCAAAAGUAGUAAGAAACAAAAGAAGAAAGACAAACCCCGACCCGAUAUUGUCUGGAAAGCACACAACCAAGUUUUUGCAGUCCUGGAAUAUAAAAAUAUCAACGCCAUUGACCCCAAGGAGUUCCAAACUGCAGCAUUGGACCUUGGACCAGACUCUGACAAAGAGGCUCUCAUUAAGGACAAAAAGAAAGAGGUUCAGGAAUUUUCAAAUUCGCUUACGCUUUUUACCGGGAAAUCCCUUCAAAUCAUGAGGCAGCUAUCGAAAUAUGCCAGGCAUAAGGAUUUCAGUCCCUUCGCCGCCAUACUCACUUAUGAGCACCUGUUCCUAGCUGAUUACUCGAGCUACCAAGAUGGGGACUAUAUACACGGCACCCUCCUCAUCCGCAAGAAUGACGAUGGGAAACUGCUUCGAAAAGCACUGCUCGGCUGGUUAGCACAUGCUUACGAUAAGACCUUUGAACUUGACCCCAAAACUAGUGAGGUACUAAUUACUCCUCGCAUUCCACCGCCGCCUACUUUACCGUCGAAGACCUCGACUGUUGAGCUAAGAUCCGGUCCUGCCCAGACAGCGGCAUCUCUACGUGAGCCGUCGGGUAGCGGGAGUGAUAACACCAAAAAGAACACCAGUGCUAGGGACGCCAAGAGUAGGGGGGGAAAGACGUAGGGGAUGGAGUUUAAAGCGCGCAGUAAGCCAAUAAAAGAGCGU